GGCGGGGAGCGGGACACGAGACGGAGCGGAGCCGAUUCGCGAAUCGUGAUGACUUGCACAACUUGUCAACCUUCUCAACUACUGCAACGCAAGUCUCAAGACUAGUGAAGAUACGCUGAGGAGCAGGAAGCUGGCAUUGGCAGGCGCAAAUGGACCAUCGGGAAUGCAGGGCCUUGUUGACUAUGCGUCUAGCGACGAUGAUGAAGCCAAAGAGGAGCCCGUCGAUCAGCCCGUCGCGGUAGGGUCCGAGGUAGCGACGAGCAGCAAGCGGCCCGCUGAUAAACAAGCAGAAGUGUCAAGCAAGAAAGCAAGAAAAACCCUGCCCAAGCUGGCAUUCGACGACGAAGCCUCCAGACAACCUAAUGAGCAAGAGCAACACCACCCUCACGUCGUGCGCGGCGACUGGCUAGGCCAUGUCUAUCUCCCUCUGCCCCUCGACUCAUGCACCCGACUCGAGAGCUUAUUGGGGAAGAUGCGCCGCUUCCUUGACAAGGAGCGGCCUGAUGUCCAUCACCUCUUGGGUCGCGAGGCGGACGAGGAGGGGCAGGAUGGCGGAGAGGAGGAAGAGCUUCACAUCUCUCUCACCCAACCUAUCCUCGUGCGAGCACAAGAGCGCCCCACCUUUGUGCGCAUCGCCCGAGACGCUCUUGUCUCUGUCCCAUCUUCCACCCACUACACGCCUUCCUCCCUCUCGCUAGGAUUCUCCCGCCUCGUCCUCCUCCCCUCGUCUACGACCGCUCGCGCGUUCUUUGCCCUAGAGGUGAGCCAAGGUCACGAGCAGCUCCAAGCUCUAUCCGGACGCUUGGACGAACAGCUUCGCGCAGCCUUCAGGGCCAGGGAGUACAAAUGGCCAGAGGGUACCAGGUGGCAUGCUAGUUUUGCUUGGUGCUCGACGCUCGAGGAGGGAGAUGGGGAGGGUGACAGGACGUCGUUGAGGAGAAUGGAGGAGCUGCACCGCCUGACCGACAAGCUUGAGGGAAAGUUUGGGGAUCAGCUACGCAGUGCUGUCGGCUCGCUGCGCGUCUCUUCGGCGUGCGUGCGCAUGGGGAGGAAGGUUCAUGUUGUCCCCUUGUCUGGACUCUCUUGAGCAUCAAUAUCAUCCAGUCCUGCCUUUCGCAUCAUGACAUAGCAACGUCGCCAUCCCUGGGCUUCUUGGACGAUUGCUGACGAUGUGCUGGUCACGCAGGAUAUGUGGUUGCCUCAACUGCUCCUGCGCAAGGACACGCCUGCGGAGCUUGCUCCCUACUUUGUUUGCCCCAGAGGAGGAGGAGGCAGAGGUAUAAGAGCGAGGAUCGCUACCAUGCUGAUGAUUUUCCGCCGCAGUGGCAAAGAUAUCGUCUUCUCCGCCA